AUGUGUCACGGGCUCAGCUACCAGAUGUCCACAUACCCAAGUACGCACUCACAUACCCAAAUACCCACUCACCUACCCACUUGCUCCCCACCUACUCCCCACCUACUCACCACCCACCACUCCCUCGCGUCUCCCCCGCGUCUCCCGACUCCUCUUUUGCAUCCCCCCCCCCCCAUCUGGCCGAAUAGUCCCUUUGUGCCGCCGAGCCCGUUUCUUCUCGUCUCUUCUCCACUAAAAAAAGUGUCAUGCAGCGAUGGAGAUGAAAUGGAGACCGCCGCGGAGAGCGCCGCGGACCGGAACAACUGCAACGGCCGCAGCGCUCUCUGUGGUCUGUGGUUUCUCCGGUCCUGCGGCAACGGCGCCGCAUUUCGCCGCUCUUGCCGCUUUUGUGUCGCGUUGCAAGGGAUACACACCGGAACACUGGCACAACACUCGGUACCAAGGCCCUAA